CCUACAUUACAACUGACACGCAUCGUUAUGGGCAAGCACUACAAUAUGACAUGGACCUCCAGUGUCAUGUGGAGGCAUUUCCAUCCCCGUCGAUAGUGUGGCUUAAAGAUGGUCUACAGUUGAAUGACAACCAGCAUUAUCGGAUUUCUAUCUUUUCCACGGCUGAUGAAUUCACUGAUUCAACUCUACGGGUCAUAUCUAUUGAAAAGAGACAAUAUGGUGAAUAUAUUUGUAAAGCUAUGAACAAACUAGGUUCUCAUCAACAGAAAAUGGAGCUGUAUGAAACUGCUAAUGUCAUCUGCCCUCCGGCCUGCGGAAUUGAUUUAAUAUCUGCUGCACCCUCGACGUUUGAUGCUACCCUGCUUAUUGUAUCUUUUAUUUUAACUAUUCUAAUAACAUAGAAAAAAAACUCUUUUGUACAAAUUAUAAAGGUUUUACUUAUUUGAAGUGUUUUCACAAAAGUUGAGAAGGCAUGUAGUCAUUCAAAUUAUAGUUUGUCGUUUUAUGCAGUUUUUACCUUUGGAUAAUCUAAGUUAUUUUAAAGGAAAUUGAAUAAUAAUAAAAUUCUGUAAUAACAAUGUAGCAACACAAUUCUAAUAUAUGUACGAACAACUCUGUGUAUUUCAAUUUUUUACUAUUUAACAUAACAGAUAUUAACUAUGUCUUUCGAUAGUUGGAGGUAUUUACCUGAAAAUAUUUUUACAACACACUGUCAUCAACAUGAAAUAAAAGAGAAGCUUUAAAUACUUCUAUCAAUUGUCUUAAUCCAUCUAACAACAAAAGUUCGUACAGCUGCGUUAAACUUGGAUUUUUAUACACCUACUUCUGAUAUUGAAAAGCCGAAAAAACAUCAAAAAUUAAUAUCAUAUUUGUAUUAACUAAGGCCUCUCUCUUAUAAUUACUUCUUCGUAAUCCGUAUCCAGUAAACACCGCUAGAUGGGGAUUUUUAAUUCAGGCCUUGAGGUGUAUGCAGGUUUACUGCACUAGCUGAAUGUAUUGAGCAUCUAAGUAUAAAAAUACGAUAAUCAAACACACCAAAAGUCUUACAAAUCUCUAGAACUAUGUGUAUCAGUUUCAAAAUACGAUAAUCAAAUCCAUCAGAGAAGCUUUGGUAAUCCGUAGAACUAACUGUAGCAGUUUCAAAAUACGAUAAUUAAACCCAUCAGAGAAGCCUUACUAAUCCCUAGAAUUAUCUGUAUCAGUUUCAAAAUACGAUAAUUAAACCCAUCCGAGAAGCCUUACUAAUCCCUAUAAUUAUCUGUAUCAGUUUCAAAAUACGAUAAUUAAACCCAUCAGAGAAGCCUUACUAAUCCCUAGAAUUAUCUGUAUCAGUUUCAAAAUACGAUAAUCAAACCCAUCAGAGAAGCCUUAUUAAUCCCUCGAAUUAUCUGUAUCAGUUUCAAAGCUGAAUGAUUAUUUCUUCUUAAUGUGAAAAGUUAAAUAAAAAUAUAUAUACGAAACUCAAACUAUCAUCGUCGUUACGGCUCAUUACUCAGUUAUACCGGUUUCGUGGAAUUCCACUUCACAUUAGUAACGCUGGACAAUAGCAAAUCAGAAUAAAAAUAUUAGACUUCUUAUGGUGUUGAACUAUGAAUUAUAUGUGUGAUAUUUCUAAUUCUUUUUACUCACUCUUCUGAGUUGAAAGACGGUUGCCCUUCACUCUUAAUGUAUGAUAUUUAACAGAGCUGAUUAAAACUAAAUUGUAAGAAAAAAGUCAGAUUAGAAUUAUUCUUUCAAGAUGAGUAGUUAAGAUAAAUAACAAUAUAUCCUAUUUUUAACGUU